UCGGGAUGCCCGUUCUCAUUUCAAAUCAAAUGAGAAGGCGAUGAUAAGGAGUAACGUGUGCCACUGGAGAAAGCUGGCGCAAGAACGCGUCGAUGAUCCAUGGGCAGUAGGGGUGCGGAUCUGGCAAGGGUUGGUGGCACGAAGUUCAUGUGAUUGUUUCCUGCGGUUGCGAUCGACGAGGAGAUCGAGAGGUUCUCGUUAAGUGAUAGGCAACGAAGGAGGACCGAAGGGGAUGUCGGGUUUCUAGAUCAACCUGGCGCUAUAACCGUCGGGAAGAUGGCUGUGAUUACUCCACGGCACGUGAUGCGCACCCGAUGACCGCCACGUCAUCAUGCCUUUCUACCGCCUUGCGGUUGCUAUGACGAAGAGACGGAGAAUGUCUCGAGCCACGUGGCUGGUGAUGGCGGAUCGAUAGACGCCACGUCAUACGCAAACACGCGCUAAUGACUGUUCACGGGGGGCUGGAUGAGGGGCCUGAGCAGCCUCUCGCGGAAGCCAACGUACUCGUUGGCACGCUAGAGCGCGACAGCGGAGGGAGUAAGGUACUUGCUUCCGCGAUGGAACCCGCCGGUCUCGCCGCCGGUGCUGCCCCCGAGGCCGCCGGUGGUGCUGAUGCUGGUGGCCGUGCUCAGAAUGGUGGGGGGGCAAAGCAGAGAAGGCGACGAGUGGGAAAGAAGCGCCUAUUUGUGGUGUUAAGUAUGACUAUAGGGUUUCUAUGCGGAGUACCAGUGUGGUGGCUGACAACAGAGGUACAUCGAGCUGCGCUUCCUCAUGCUUCUAUUGCGGCUACGGCAGCGCGUGCUGCUGCCUCACCGUCGUCCCGUCUGUCUCUUCCACGUCACGUCCACGUGAUUAUCGUCGGGAGCUCGACGGCUGACGUGGUCAGCCUGAAAGGGACACGUGUGGGCGGCGGAUCAUCGGAAGGAACGAGGAGACGUUCAUCAAUAGAAGUCCCCCAUGAUCCAGGAUGGAGAGAUGGCGGAGCAGUAGGAGAUGCAGGAAGAAGAGGAGAGGGAGGAGAAACAGAGCCCUCGACAGUAGUAGAAGAUGAUCUGCCAUUGGGAAGUGAUGGUAGAUGCGGCGACGGCGGGGAUAAAGGAGCUAGGAGGGAUGGGUGCUCACGCUCACAUCCAAGAGCAGCAGGCGGAGGACGAGGAGGAGCGGAAGAAGCAUUAAGAGGAGUUAGUAUGACAGACGACUUGUCGACGAGUGCUGAUGAACUACGGCAAGAGAGGGGCGGACGCGGGUGUCAGAAAGAAGCGUACGCGAAGAGAAUGGAAAAGAGGCGGGAUCUCGAUGUUAUCGCUACUCGUGUAAGGUCCAGGAUACUGACGAAACUGGGAGAGAAGAGAGGGAGGAGGGGGGGCAAAUGGAAGGAGGAGAGCGAGAUCCGACUGACUGUCGGAUUUGAUGGAAUCUCCGGGUGUGAUCGGUCGAAAUUGUUCGUUAUCGGGAAUCCCAGUGAGGCUGCUGGGGUCGCGACAGACGCCGCCGACGUGGAUGAGGAACCUGGAGGGAAGGAGGGAUCGAGGCGACCGCCUCCGACGGAGGACGGAGAAGGAUCUAUGAUGACGUGGCGAUGUGGAUUGGCUCCAUCUGCGUUUUCGCCGGGUGCGUGGGAUGCGUGGUCGAGAUUGAACGAUACGCAAUUCGACGACUGGUUAGAACGAUACCGACGAGGAGGACACGUGUCGGCAGAGGUAGGAGUCAAGGAGGAGGAGGAGGGGCGGCCACGUCAACAACGGCGGGGACAGAAAGACGGAGCGGCAGCAGCAGAAGAUAACGAGCUCACACAGAAAACCUGUCUGCAGGAGCAAGAUGAAUGGCGGACGCGAGAAGCCGGGGGGGUGUCAUUUGCGGAAUCGAAACAAUCGUUGGGAGGAGGUGGUCAUUACACUGUCGUCGUGCUGCUAGAACCUAAGGGACGAUUAGCAGGUCGGAAGAAGCGGCCGAAGAACAGUACUGAGAACAAGAAGAAGACGCCAAGCAGUAGAGGGAUGAGUAGAAGUAGAAGUGACGCGGAGAGUGAGAAUGCGCCUGUGGAACGGAAGGGAACGGUAGAAGUAGGGAGUGGAUGUGGAAGAAGCGCGCCGCCAGGCGCUGAGGAUGGGGGUCGGACUGAGCGGACGAAGGGGCGGCGGCGGCGGCGUAGAGAACCAAAAUGGGAUUUGUCGUCUUCUGCUACGGUAGGUAAGUACCGACACGGGUGGGUGGUGUUGCGGAUGGGGGAUUCUGCUGCCACCCCACCUGAGCCCCACCCUCCGAUGAGCCCGGGAAGUACAGCGGAGGACAACAACCAUCAUGAUGAGGAUAAUCAUCGAGAGGAGGAGGAGGAUGAGGAGGAGGAGGAAGAGGAGGAGGAGGAUGUGGGAGAAAGAGCGAGCGAAGAUCUGUCUCUGGAUGAGCUGUGGGAUGGCGGCUUGAAGGGGGACGACUCUGCGGCAGUGGACUUGAUAUCUGAUGUCUGUCUGAAGUUAGUGGGAGCGAGCGAGACGAAGGAGGUAGGGAGCAACCUGCCUCUCGCUGCUGAUGGAACCGCCAUCUUGUCCUUCAGUCUGAUCAAUGCUGAGCCGUCCGAUUGGGUCUACGAUUGGAGCUUCCAUGCUGCGGAGGCGGAGUUUCUCCGCCCCGUGCUCGGCGCGCUUUCCCCUGUCAUGGAGUUGAAAGUUGAGAGCCAGGUUCUCUACUACGGGCGCAAGACGGCGAUCUCGACCCGGGACCACCACCACCACUCCCAGGCACACAUCGUGCCUUUCCACCAACUUCCAUUCUUCAUCAAUUCCGAAGAUUGGAUAUUGGACUCGUCGGUGGGAGCAGUCGGUCGAUCGAAGCUGCUUCAUUUUGUCGUUUACGUCCCGGCGGCGGACGAGUGUCCAUUAAGGCUUCAGGCGCCAAAUGGAGAGCUCUCCGCCACCAACGGUUUCACAGUCCCUAGUUGGGGAGGGGUGGUAGUUUGGAAUCCAUGCCCAUGCCCUUGUCUCGAGGAGCGCGGCAGCACCUGUACCAACAGGAGUGAUAAUAUGACGAAGAACAGUGGAGAUCGACGUCUGAGAAAUACGGAAUAUACUAGUGGUGCACUGAGCUGCGGUGAGGGGGGGUCGUCGUCCUUGCAUCGCCUGUCACAGCGAGAGAUGAGGACGAUAAUGGGGGUAGUUGUGGCGCAGUUAAGGUGGCUCUUCGGAUUACGAACGGCCCCGUUUCCGAUGAUGGCAGGGGAAGGCAAUCGACGGGCGGAACGAGCGGGAUCGUCGUCAUCUGCUGCUGCUGCUGCUGCUUCGUCGGAUCUGCGAAGCCGUAAGAAUGACGAUGAUCGGGAUCGGCAGAAAUUAGGGUUAGCGCUUGUGCCGGCGUCGAGGACAGGAUUUGCGGAAUGGGAGAUAGAUAUGCUGCUCCGCGGGAGAGCGGCGGAAGAUGCAGCGGGGGCCAUGUCUAUGCUGGCUGCAUUGAUGAAAUUGAUUAGGGAUAUCCCGAAGAUGGUGGUGCCAGAUAUCAUCGGGCAAGAGGUGCAAACAGCGAUCUCGUCCGUUGAUUCCGCUUGGGAUGCGGCUGCAAAUGGAUCCUAUGGAGAGGCGGCGGCAUUUGCCAAGAAGGCAAGAGCCAAUGCCGAGGAUGCGUUCUUUCAGCCAACCAUCAUGGCACUUCGUUACCUCCCGUUGGAGCAUCAUCUCGCUGUCUACACCCCGCUGUUUGUUCCUAUGAUCAUUCAUAUCCUUGUCGCUUUCCUCAAGGAAGUGCCGCGGUGGAGACGAAUUGACCAAAAAGAGUGAAGUGUGCUCUUAUAGUGGGUAAGGGUACAAAGCAAUCAACCAACCAAUCAAUCAAUCAAUCAAUCAAUCAAUCAGCCUGGCAAACAAUAGUCGUGGUCGUUACGGCAGCCAGCUGUGAGUCCCACAUUUUUCUUAUUGACGGCUCGUCGAGUUCAAGAGUAACAGACAGCCCACCUUUGCGUGUACCCAUUUAGUCGUGCCGAUGAAAGGCCUCGGAGAAUAGGCCGCGUGUGAAGACGGAACCCAGCUGCACGGUCAGCCAGCAAGAGAGUCGGAGAGUCAGCCAGGGAGCUUGUGGGUUUAUUUCGUUUCGCUGUGGCCUACACGUGGGUGCGUGGAUCCGUUUUUGUGCGUCUGAGGGAGAGAGAUUGUCUGAUUCAGAGGUAGAGAUGUUUUGGGCGUGUGACAGGUUGCGUGGGGAUGUGUGUGGCGUGCGAGAGUUGCAUUUGUGCGAGUGAGUGUGGGAGAGAGGGAAGGAGAGGGGAGAUUGUAAAACCAUUCUAUUUAUGUGAGAGAGAGAGAGAGAGAGAGAGAGAGAGAGAGAGAGAGAGAGAGAGAGAGAGAGAGAGAGAGAGAGAGAGAGAGCGCUCUAGAAGUCUCAGCUCGUGUGUGGAUGGGUUGGUGGGUGGAUGGAGAGAGAGAGAGAGAGAGAGAGAGAGAGAGAGAGAGAGAGAGAGAGGUGAAUUGUUUUUUUCCCGACUUUCCAAGAAAAGUAUAGACGUGUGUGGAUGCGUUGGUGGGUGUGGGGAGAGAGAGAGAGAGAGAGGUGAUGUGAAUUAUUUUUUUUCCCGACUUUCCAAGAAAAGUGUAGAAUUUGGAUUAGGAAAUUAUCAAGUAGGCAGUAGGUGGAGAGGGGGUGGCCGAAUCUGCAAUGGCUUGAUGUGGAGCGUGUGUUACCCCUGUGGUUACGUGAUUGUUCUUCUGUGGUUACGUCCUUUCGUUCGAAUGAAGUUGCGUCUGUCUCAGAUGUUGUGUUUACCAAUGUUUCGUGACACUGAUCGUCUUGCACAGUACCAGUAGCCUAUCGAACGUUUGGUAUGGGCGGCGAUCGGCCGUCAGCCGGUCUGGUUUGUACCCCUCGCGAUUGAUGAUGAGGAAAAAAGGGCACUCGUGUGCAUGUAUGUGGUCGUUUUUCCGUGAUUGAUACGGCCGCGGAAACUCAGCCUCGCUCCGCUACUCACCGAAUGUGCAAAAUGAGAAUGAAUCUUUCGCCAGAACAUGGGAAGAUUCACCGCCUUACUUUUUGUCUUUUGCGCAUGUGGCUAGUACUGUGUUACAUACCAUCGGCACGUCUUCGCGGCCCUCUGAGGGCGCCGUAUCUGGCCUGAAAGUUGCACCGAAUACAGCUAUAAUGAUCGGGUGUUCUAUUCGGGUGAAGACGGGGUAGUAACAAUAGCUCGGAGUUGGUCGUCUUUCCGUUCGCGCUUCUUCCUCCUCUUUUCUGCUUUUUCCCUUUUUUCCUCAAUCCAGCGGAAUCAACCACCCACUUUCUC